CCGGAGGACAAAUCCCCCCGGCAGAGCCUGGUGGGAGAGGCUGUUUUGAAGGGCUCCACGGUGCAGGAAGGCAGCGGGGAGGAAAAGACCCAGAGAUCCCCCCGCAGGAGGGGCUCCAAAGCCAGCCCAGGGUGCUGCUCUGAGGAGGAAAGACCCAGCCUGUGCCGGGAAGGCGGCCAGAGCUUGAAGCAGAGCUCUGAGCUGGUGAGCUUCAGGAACAGCACCGACCUCCUCAUCCACCAGCACAUCCACACUGGGGAACGUCCCUACACGUGUGGGGAAUGUGGGAAGAGCUUCAGGAACAGCUCCCACCUGAUCCGACACCAGCAGAUCCACACCGGGGAACGGCCCUACAUGUGUGGGGAAUGUGGGAAGAGCUUCAACCAGAGGUCCCACCUCCUCACCCACCAGCACAUCCACACUGGUGAACGGCCCUACACGUGUCAGGAAUGUGGGAAGAGCUUCAACCAGAGAUCCUACCUCCUCACCCACCAGCAGACUCACUCUGGGGAACAGCCCUACACAUGUCAGGAAUGUGGGAAGAGCUUCAACUGGAGCUCCACCCUCCGUACCCACCAGCUCAUCCACACUGGGGAACGACCCUACAAGUGCUUGGAAUGUGGGAGGAGGUUUCGGACCAGCUCAGAUCUCCUCGUCCACCAGCGGACUCACACGGAUGAGAGGCCCUUCCGCUGCACCGACUGCGGGAAGGGCUUCAAGCAGAACUCCCACCUCGUCAGGCACCAGCACAUCCACACUGGGGAGAGGCCCUACAAGUGUGGGGAGUGUGGGAAGAGCUUCAGGGACAACUCUACCUUGACAAGACACCAACAGACCCACCGGUAA